GAACACUUUGCAUUUUCUUUAAACUUACGACAAACUUAGAUAUGUUCCGAAUAAACUCAUGAAUAUUCAUUAUGAAUCGAAAUGCAUUGCGAGUCAACUGGUCCCAGAUCUAUCAAAAAGAACCAGUUUACUGGUAGCAAACGACAACAACACUGAACAUGGCGAGCAGAUUUGCGGAACUAGGAGACGACGAUUUAGACAAAUUACUGGAUAUGAGGGACAGUAAGAACACUAAACGAAUUAUAAAAGCAUCAUUAGAAGUACUGAAAGCAUACAUGUUAGAGAAAAAUAUGAAUUUUGAUGAAUGCAUCUCGUUUUCUACGGAAGAAAUGGACUGUCUCCUAAGGAAAUUUUACGCGGAAACCAAGAGAGUUAACGGCGAAGUUUAUGCAAAGAAAUCUAUGAUUUCGCUUCGUUAUGGACUACAGAAACAUUUUUUGAAAACAAGAAAAGAAGAUAUAAUCAAUGACGAAGCUUACAAAACCUCCAACGAAAUGUUUAAGGCUGUUCUCGUUAAACUGAAGAAAGAUGGUGUCGGUGAAUCAAAACAGAAGGAGCCAAUUACGCCAGAAGAUUUAUCCAAGCUAUAUGACACAGAAUUUUCAACAGAAACUCCUACAGCACUACAGAAAAAGACAAUAUUUGAAUACAUUUAUUAUUUCUGUAAUAGGGGGCGUGAGAACAUUAGGGAACUUCAGAAAGAGGACUUUACCAUUUCAACAGAUUCCACAGGAAGAGAAUAUGUCACUGUCAGAGAAAGACAGACAAAGAACCAUAGGGGGGAUGAUUUAAUGGACACCUCUGUAAAACAGGGAAGGAUGUAUGAUCGUCCUGGAGAUCCCAAUUGUCCUGUAGCAUCGUUUAAGAAAUACCUUGGCAAGCUUCAUCCUAAUAAUCCGAACUUCUGGCAGAGGGCAAAGAGAAAAUUUGAUGAAUCUGAUGAAACAUGGUACGACAAUUCCCCGGUUGGGAAAAACGCUCUGUAUGCAUUUAUGGCAAAUCUGAGUGCAGAGGCUAAACUCAGUAAACGCUACACUAACCACUGCAUUAGAGCAACGAGUAUAUCAACAUUAGACCAUCAGGGAAUUGAAGCAAGACACAUCAUGAGUGUGAGUGGCCAUAAAAAUGAAACAUCAAUCAAGUCUUAUAGUUCCAAAUUGAGUGAUCAGAAAAAACGCGAAAUGUCGGACAUUCUUGGUAAAAACAUACAUUUCUCUAAAACUGUGUCUACAGUGCCAUCAACAUGUGAUCCGCCUACCACCAACGACGCACGUUAUCCACAGCUCGACUUCCUUGAAUGCGACAUAGUCAAGGAAUUGCUUGAAAAUGAUUUUUCUCUGGAUCACGUGCCAUGUGAUAGUCUUCCUUUGAACACAAGCCUGACAAAUACACUCUCGAGUAACACCAACCAGUUCAAAUUUUCAAACUGUAAUGUAACUUUCAAUUUUACAAAGUAAAAAACUCAGACAUUUAG